CAAAAGAUGUACGAAAUUAAUCAACCCUGUUUUACAUCUCCAUUUUGAAGUGAAUUACCUACCGCUGCCUAAAUUUCCACUUUGUGCUCCGUUUUAUUUGUAAAUUCAGUGUAUAUUUUAUAAUAAAAAGUUUGUAAAUUUAAUCAAUUACUAGGAAAUUAUCAAGUUAAGGCAUUUGUUUACGAAAUAUGGCCAAGAAAUUGGGGCAAACUAAAUGGUCGUCUGCAGCAAGUGAGUGAGAGGCCAAAGAAAGAAGAGGUCGUGUACAGCAGCAGCAGCAGCUAUUGAAAAAAAAGAAAAGAAAAAACGUUUGUGUAUGUGUGCGUGUGUGUGUUAUACAUGAAAUCAGUAGUGAAAGAGGAGAGAGAAAAAUAAAACGGAGACUGGGUGAUUAUGGCGGUACUACACUAACAACAACAACAAAAUAUAAAUAAACAAUUUAGUUUACUGCAAAGCGAAAGCGACCAUGUUUUAAGUAUCACAACCGCAAAGGAUUUCCCAUAAUUCGAAGCCUAAAAAUGCCUGCACAACAGCAACAACCAACACAGGCGACUGUGCAAAAUAAUCCCGGCCAGCAUCAACACCAACAGCAGGUACAUCAGACACAAAUUGCUGCCGCCGCCGCCCAGCCAACACAAGUUAAGGCUACUUUUGUAAAUGCAGCUACUGGGCAGCCCCAACAACUCACUGGAACCACCACAACGACAACAACUCUACAGCCCAAUCAAAUUCCUUUGUCCCAAAUAAUCAAUCUGCAGCAAUUGCCACAACAAUUUCUGCAGGCGGCUGCCGCCCAGCAUACGGGACCUCAACAGCAAACACAGACUUUGCCACAAAAUAUGUUUCAGAUAGUGCAGCCCAUGCAAACAGUGAAUAUUGAUGGCCAGGAAGCCAUAUUUAUACCGAAUUUCAAUGCCCAAUUGGCGGCAUCUGCUGCCCAGCCAGUGAAUAUAAAUGGCCAACAAAUGUAUUUGACACCUAAUGGCCAAAUAGUGAGGGCACCACAACCAGCUCCCCAGACGACAGCUGUGCAAUUGCAACCGGGCACACAAUUCAUACAAGGCCUGGGACAGACAAUACAACUGCCGGCUGGUUUUGCUUCGACGACGGGGCCCCUGCAAGAACAACAAGCAAUGUUUACCAUUCCGGGUACAAAUAUUCAAAUACCCAUAACAACUGCCCCCACGGCUCAGCAAAUACAACAACAGCAAUUGCAACAGUUGCUGCAGCAACAGCAGCAGCAGCAACAACAACACCAGCAAUCCCAGCUGCAAGCCCAAGUCCAUGCUCAAGCGCAAGUACAAGUCCAGCAACAGCAGCAACAACAACAGGCCCAGCAGCAACAACAAGCACAGCAACAAGUUACUAAUACCGCUGGUAGCAAUAAUGCCAAUUCUGGGCAAGUAGCUAACGCCACUGGACCUACACAAAACUCGGGACUCGCCACAGGUGGCGGAGCAACCGCCCCAACGGGAACAACGACCACCACCACAUUACCCAGUACCAUAACAAUUCCUGGUACCAAUAUACAAAUUCCCACCUCGGUUGCCGCUGCCAAUGGCCUGCUGGGCAACUUACAACAAUUACUCGCAGCCGGAGGCAAUGCUUCCAUUAAGCUCGAAAAUGGUCAGACGUUGCAGAACAUACAAAUACGACAAGCUGGCCCCACCGCAGCUGCCACAGCAGGAACUGCGUCACAGCUACAACAAAUUGUCCAAUUCCCCCCUACUUUGCAACAGGCACCUGCGGCCACCCUACCACAGCCCACUAUACAACAAACUACCACCACGGUGGCUGUGCAAGUUCCCAUACAAACUGCCAAUGGACAGACCAUCUACCAAACGGUUCAUGUCCCCGUACAACAGCUCACCGGGGGAGGAGGCGGUGGCAUUUCCACGGCAAAUCUUUUGCCAACCACCCAACACAUGGCGAUGCCUCAAAUAAUACCACAGUAUACGCAAAUAGCCCAGAUAGUAACCCCCAGCGGGCAGAUACAACAGGUGCAGUUGGCUCCGCUCAAUGCGCUGACGUCUUAUCAGCAAUUGCCUACAAAUGCCAACAUUAUUCACAUACAAAAUGCAGCUGCGGCUCAGCAACAGGCGGCUGCGGCGGCAGUUGUCCAACAACAGCAGCAACAGCAACAAGCUCAACAACAACAGCAGCAACAGCAAGUGCAACAACAGCAGCAAGCUGCGGCUGCAGCUGCCCAAGCCCAGGCCCAACAGCAGCAGCAACAGCAACAACUGCAGCAGCAAUUGCAACAACAGCAGCAGAUCAUACAGGCCAUAAAUGCGGCCAACGAAUCUGGUGCUCAAAUUCCCACCAAUCAGCCCAUCACCAUAACAAAUGCUCAAGGGCAGCAUGUUACUGUCAUACCAGCCCAACAACUGCAACAAUUCCAACGUGCCAAUAUCACUCCAAGUCAAACGGCAAAUGCCGCUGCUGCCGCCAAUGCCACCCCUGCACAAAACACAAAUCCAACGGCGGCAGCCCCCACCACUGCCAGCGGUGUUCCCCAGACUUCAGCAGCAAAUCUCAUACAAUUUCAACAAAUGCCUGGCCUACAGGCAUUGCCUAUACAAAAUAUUCCCGGCAUAGGGCAGGUACAAAUCAUACAAGCCCAACAGCUGCCGCCUAAUUUGCAAGCUGCCAAUAUUCAACAGAUACUGGCAGCUACUGCGGCUGGAGCUACAACAACGCAGCAGCAAACACAUCAGCAGCAUUCUUCCCCCCAGACCCUACAUCAGUCACAGCAUCAGACUCAGUCCACCCCACAAACUCCCCAGCCAUCGCAAACAGCAACAACGACUACCACACAACCUUCACCGCAAUCUUCACAGCCCACAUCGACUACCAAUCCCAAUGGCAGUGGUUCAACACCCACAACAACGCUUCAACAGGUGACAGCAACAUCAAAUGUAAAUGCAUCGCCAGUGACCAAUGCCAUAACGGUUUCCCAACCUCCUACUCAAUCGCCUGUGAGCACCCACAACACUCACCAGCAUCACCAUCUGAGCACAGGCCAGAACACCCCAACCAGUACGACCACAGCGGCCAUAACAUCGCUACAACAACCCAAGCAGGAACCGCAAUCGCCCACACAAAUCGGCCAGACUCUGAUAACCAACAUAAAGCAAGAGCCCCCAGAUACGGGCUCCAACUCGGGCGCUUCCGUUGCCAACACGUCCAUUAAUAACAAUACCACUACGAUCAGUAUUCCUGCCAAUGCGAUAAAUGCCGCCAAUGCCGUUAGCAGCACCCAAAUCAAAUGGCUAAUGCCGCAGGCCACCACAGUUACCCAGGUACAGCAGCAACAGGCGCAAUUACAGCAAAUCCAACAGCAGCUGCAACAAGCUCAGCAACAGCAGCAGCAAUUGCAGCACCAACAACAGCUACAACAACUCCAACAGCAAUCUCAGCAACAGCAGCAGCAGCAACAACAACAACAGCACCAGCAGCAGCAACAUAUCGUCUCAGCCAUCGAUAAUAUGGGAAUACCAGUAACUCUGCCCGCCUCAUUACAGAUAACGCCAAUUCCAGCAAACCUGCAGCAGCAGCAGCAGCCACCUCAGCAACAACAGCCACAACAGUUUACUAUACCCUUGGGAAGAACCACUUUGAUAAAACCGCAUGGAACUAUAACCACCACACAACAGCAACCGCAACAGCCGCAGCAGCAACCACCACAAACCUCCACCUCCUCGGUGACCAGUAGUGUGGGUGGAGCACAAAUUACAAUAGCCACAACAACAACCGCGGCAAAUAAUGCCACAUCGGGACAGUUACAAUCUUCGCUCAACAACAAUCAAACAAGCAAUGCUCCACAACCCUUAGCACCAACUCCCACCACAACAUCCAUAUCGCUACCCCCGCCCUCACAGACCUCGGUCAAUGUCAAUAUCAAUCUAAAUGAUCCUGGGAAUCUGGGUAUUAAACCCCGCCUAAAACGGGUGGCUUGUACCUGCCCCAAUUGUGUGGAUGGUGAAAAUAAAUCGGAUCGCAAGAAACAGCACAUCUGCCAUAUACCCGGUUGCAAUAAGGUCUAUGGCAAAACCUCCCACCUGAGGGCCCAUUUGCGUUGGCAUACCGGUGAGAGACCCUUUGUAUGCUCUUGGCUAUUCUGCGGCAAACGUUUUACCCGCUCCGAUGAGUUGCAGCGUCAUAGACGCACACAUACGGGCGAGAAACGUUUCCAGUGUCCCGAAUGCAAUAAGAAAUUCAUGCGUUCCGAUCAUUUGUCCAAACACAUCAAGACUCACUACAAAUCAAGAGCUGCCCUCGAACUUAUGGAAUUGCAAAAUAUCAAACAAGAGAACAUUAAGCAAGAGCCAGGCGGUGACCAUGCCAUGCAGGAUAUGGAUAAUAUGGUAACCAUAGAUUUACAACAGCAAAGAGGGGCGGGAGGCCAUCAUCAUCAUUUGCAUGGAUCAACAGUUGCUGGUUCGACUGCUGGUGGGGGAAAUACUUCACUCUCUUCGUUGGAUGGCAAUUUGAGUAUUACGAACACUUCGGGCGGUGGCCCAGGAGGCUUGAUGAUGCACGAUGGCGAUAUAUCCAAUCAAACUGAUAGCUAUGGUGAAGAUGAUGACUGUGAGGACGAAGAUGAUGAUGAAAUGGAGGAGGAUGAGGACAGCGGUGAUGAUGAGGAAAAGAUGACCAUUUCCAUCAACGAAUAUCCGGAGAAUUCCAACUAGCAGGACAUAGAUAUGCUGAUUGAGCAAUACAUGUUCGAUGACUUUUGAUGAAAGUGAGCUGCAUACGAACUGAUAGCUUAAGCUAUCAAAGCAAACGAAAAGGAACAACACUAUGGAGAAAUUUUCUCAAUAAUUGUAAUAAGUAAGAGGGAACAUUUCCUGAAUAUCUGUAUCAUAGUAUAUAUUGCUUAUUAUAUUUCUACGGCACCCUUCUUGUACAGCAACUCCCUUUUGUCUGUGAUUUGUGGACUAGUUUUUAAAACAUAAAUCCCUAAGGGUUUCAUAAAGCCACAGCAGUGCGAAAAGUCA